CCGGAUAGUACUUGAAUUUCAAAAAACCGUUCAAACAAAAAAUCUCUUGAAUAUUACUCGAAAAUUGGUUUUAUAAGCUAACACCAAUAUUUAUAAGUACUUUGCGAGCAGAUUUGUCAAUAAGAUACAGGCGAAUAAGUAAGAAAAAGCGCUCAUGUUACAAGGCAAAGCACGAGGGGUUUUAACAUUUUUUUAAAAAGAGUAGAAGAAAAUUCAUUAAAUUAAUUUCUUGAAAUUUAAGGACUUAAUGAAAGUUAUUUAAGUUAGUGUUAAUGCAAUACAUAGUAGUCAACAGGAUUAAGCAGAAUUCAAUGAAGUUCUACUCAAAACGACUGUUUAAAAAGUUUUAGUUGAAAUUUUUAUUUUUUUUUUUCGAGAAAAUAUUUGGAUUUAUAAUUUCACGACUCUCAGAAUCAUAAAUUGAACGAGUUAAAUAGUCUAUGAGAUUAUAAGACACAGAGAAAAAAAGCUUAAAAACGGGAGCAGUAUCGAAAUUAUCGGCAAAGGAAAAUUUUAUCGAUUUUUUUUCUUCUUUAUUCACAUCAUCGUCUCCAACGAAUGUAUAAAAACCGGCUGAAUGUCGAAUGUCAUGCAUCAACAACAAAACAUAUACGACCUAAUUUGAUGGAAAAUUUCAUUUGAUUCAAACUACAGUCAGCUAGCAGAGGAAGCAAAUAGUUCUCUCUUUAUCAUCAAUAUAAUUUUCGUGUAAUAUUCUUUUGAAAUAAGAAGAGAUCUUUGCGUGUUGUGUAAGCAAAAAAAAAAAAAGAAUAUAACCCAGUGUUUAGUGAGAUAUUCAGUGUAAACAUAUAAUAUAGCACAUAGCACACACAUCAAGUUAUUGUCUGUCGAAAACCAGAAGAGGUGAAAUAAGGAACAAAAAAAAAAACAUUUAACUGAAUGGCAAUAAUAAUUAUUUGAUUGAACUGUCGACGAAAUAGCCGUGUGCAUGUAACAGAUAUAUUUUUUUUGUGCGCGACAUAAUAUAAAACAUUUCCUCAAUAUUUUUUUUAUUCAUUUCAUUUCUUUUUGGCCUGCAAAGGAAAAAGAAGAGUACAGAAUAUUGCUUUGCGAGAGAGUCUUUCCUUUUAAAUUAUAAUUCGUUAUAUAUUUUGUAACUUGAUUUUUUUCUUCAAGUAUGAGCGAGUUAUAAGUUAAACAAAUAUCCCGGCAGAAGAAGUAAAGAAAUAUGAUAAUAUCAGUUGUGUGUAUAUAAAAAAAGCAGCCCAAGUAUAGCGAGAGAAAGAGUAAAAAAUUCGCCAAUAAGGUGCAACAACUACUCGUUCAUUGGAAGUCAAGUUAUUAUACAUUAUAGUUUCCAAUUCCAACAUUUGUUCAAUUUAAAAAAAUUUCGCUCAAUUGUAUUUUAAAAGUUGAUUUGAACGGACUCCCGAGAGCAUUAGUGUGAAUUUUCUUCUAUAUAAAAAAAAUUGUGAAUAAUAGGCAGACAGGCAUCUUGUAAUUACAACAAAUAUAUAGAAAUCAUCUAAAGUGAAAUUAUUAAAUAAUACAUAAAUAAAUAAAGAAUAUAUAAGUUAAAAUAUAAGGAGAAGAAGUGAAAGACACAACAAAAACACACAGAACACUUACGACGAUUCAUAUUGGCACCGGUAAAUAAAAUCUGUCAUAUUGGGGCAACGACAGGCAGACAAAGUGGGACGUCGCAAUAAUGCGGCUCAAAAGGUUGUUAGAGGAACAGCCACGCAACAAUCUUGCAGUACAUCAACCAGUGCAUCGACAAAUCCAAAGUUAUCAGCUGACGAAAAUAAGUCGCCGUUUUCGACAACAAUCGGGAAUCAAACGACGGCGCAAAGAGGUCAAGCCUCGCGCCAACGACGACCAUCAAGUGGUACAUCAUCAUCAUCAUCUCAACAGCAACAUCAGCAGGCACAACAAAAUCAAAGUGCUAAUCAGUCUAAUAAUACAACAGGAUCAAGUAUAACAUCAACCACGGGUGGAAUAAUAAGUCGUAUAAUUGAUUUUGCCUUACCAUCGGCGACUAAAAUGAGUCUUUCACGAUCUGGUUCAACGAAAAGUGAAUCACCGUCAAGUAGUCAUCAGAGUACUAGUUCUAGUCAGGAGCGUAAAAGUUCGGUUGUUCCAAUCGAGCAUGAACCGUCACCGUUAGCCAGUAAUCGUGGAAAGGAACGUGAAGGAAAUAGCAGUGAGAUGACGAUGAAGAAGAAAAAUGAAAUUGAUACGGCAAUUGAGGCUGUUGAAAUUAAUAGUAGCAAGACAACUGAUAUUAAUAAUCAUCAUGGAGGUGAUACAGUUAAAAAGAAAGAUGAGGAUAUUGUUCAAAGGCCCCCAACUCCACCGCCUAGACCUCCUACACCUCCAAAAGUUGAUUUGGAAGCUUUACGUCAAGCUAAUACAAAUAGCAAUAAUUCAUUUGAGCAAAAAGCUAGUCGUUUUUAUCGUAAGAGUCUUGAAAAUACAAGCUUGAUGGGUGCUUUUGUUGCACGUGGAAUUUAUGACUCAUCAAAUGAUACAAUCGAGACUGAAUAUCCUCGAAAUCUUGAUGAUAACAUUGAGAUAUUGUCACGCGAGGAAGAAAAGAUUGAAGAGGAAUUUAAGGCAACGACUGGUGAAGAUAAAAUUCCAUAUGGUCCACAAUUUGAUCCAAAAAUAGUCGAAAGACAACUUCAGAAAGAAAAGGAAGAGGAUGAAGAUGAUCCAAUUGGUGUUUCACCUUGUGGACGAUUCUUUAAAUAUGACAUCGAAGUUGGUCGUGGAUCAUUUAAGACAGUCUUUCGUGGACUUGAUUCUCAUACAGGAGUUGCCGUUGCAUGGUGUGAAUUGUUAGAUAAGAAAGUGAAUAAAAUGGAACGUCAACGAUUUCGUGAAGAAGCUGAGAUGUUGAAGAAGCUUCAACAUCCAAAUAUUGUGAGGUUUUAUAAUUAUUGGGAAACUACUAUAGCUAAAAAGAAGAGUUUAGUACUCAUAACUGAAUUGAUGUUAUCUGGAACUUUAAAAUCGUAUCUUAGAAGAUUUAAGAAAAUUAAUCAAAAAGUGCUUCGCUCAUGGUGUCGUCAAAUUUUAAAAGGAUUAGCCUUUUUACAUUCACGCUCGCCGCCUAUUAUUCAUCGUGACUUGAAAUGUGACAAUAUUUUCAUCACUGGAACAACUGGAAGUGUUAAAAUUGGUGAUCUUGGUCUUGCGACUUUAAAGAAUCGAAGUUAUGCUAAAUCUGUCAUUGGAACUCCAGAAUUUAUGGCUCCUGAAAUGUACGAAGAGCAUUACGAUGAAGCUGUUGAUGUCUAUGCAUUUGGCAUGUGUAUGUUAGAGAUGGCAACGAGUGAAUAUCCAUACAAUGAAUGCUCUGGACCGGCACAAAUCUAUAAGAAAGUUACGAGUGGCGUAAAGCCAGCAAGUUUUGAGAAAGUCGAUAAUCCAGAAGUGACUGAAAUUAUUGAACGUUGCAUAAGACUCAAUAAGGAGGAAAGGCCUAAUUGUGCUGAAUUAUUAAAAUUUGAUUUCUUUUGUGAAGUGGCUGGAAUUACAUUAGAGCCCGAACCAUCAUCGAAAAAUAAUUUCUUGACAAAUCUUGAUGCAACUAAAAUAGAAUUUCGAUUACGUAUGGAUCCAAAACGGAAAGCUGUCAAGUCACACAAAGAGAAUGAAGCAAUUCAAUUUGAUUUCGAUAUUACAGCUGACGACUUUGAGGAGAUUGCUAAUGAAAUGCACAAGUCUGGCUUGAUAUUAGAGGAAGAUUCGAGGGCUGUAGCGAAACUUUUAAAGGUUCAAGUGCAUACAUUAUUGAAAGAUCGUAAAGAGCGAAUUGCGCAGGCACAGGCAGCCGCAAAAGAGAAAGAACUGGCAAAAUUACAGCAUGCACUUGAACAACAUCAUCAAAUGAUGUAUCAACAGCAACAACAGCAAAAUAUAAAUGAUCAGAAUCAAAUGAUACAACAAAAUUCCCAGCAAAAAAAUCAACAAGGAAUGCCAAUAGCUCAUCAGCAGCAAAUGAAUCAACAGCAGCAGCAGCAUACACCUUUAUCUCAAACUCCACAACAGCAUCAAAUGCAAAUGCAACAGAAUCAGCAAAAUAUGACAUCUUCUAAGCCGCCUGACAUCAUUCAAAAUUCACCAAUGACUAAUAUCAAUCAACAGCAGCCAAUUAAUCAGAAGCUUCCAAUACAGCAAGGCCAAAUUAACGUGCCAAUCAUUAAUAAUCAACAAAAUCCUUCGCCUGUCGUUCAUGAUCAAGCUCCUAAAUCUAUUCCCAAUCAACAACAACAACAAAUGCAGCCACAACAAGGAGAUUCUGGAAUUGGAAUGGGAAGCACAGCUAGUGGAACUAGUAGUACGACAAGUGGUGGUACAUCAAUGAAGAAAAGACGGUCCAACAAGUCAUCAGAAAGAUAUCCAAAGCUUGUCGUGUUAACCUUGAAUGAGGAGAAAGUUGUUGAAUGUGAAAUGGAAGUUAAGCCAAAAACUGUUACGUUUAAAUUUGAUGUUUAUGAAGUUAAUCCAGAUGAAGUCGCCAAGGAUUUAGUCGAUCAAGAUCUUUUAUCAGAGGAACAGAGUCAAAUAUUUAUCGACAUGAUUAAAGAUAUUGUGAGACAAGUGAAACAUAAUCCAAAACAACUGCCGACUGUAACAAUACCACACAAGUAUCGUCAAGUCCGUCAUGCUUCAUUAACAAGGCAACGUUCUUUGUUUAAAACACAUCAAAGACAUCGAUCACGAGAUGAGACAACAUCAACACAGCAAGCAUCAUCUUUGACAAAUAUGUUUGAUCCCCAUAUAUACGCUUAUCAAUCAUUUAUCUCGGGAUCAACGUCAAAUCCAACGAUACAGACUUCAUCGAUGACAAACGAUGGACAGCUGAAAAAUAAUAAUAAUAAUUUUACGCCAACGCAGUCUCCACAAAAAAGUAAACAUGUAAAUUCCAAUACGGUUAUACCGAUACAAUCGUCAUCAGAACUUGUGACACCAAAACGCAAACAGUCAAAUCAAGAAGAUGAUGGCGCCAGUGUCACAUUAACGACAGAUACAGCACAUAAUAAUGAUAUGCAUGUCAAUAAUAUUGGAAGUGGUUCAAAUAGUGGAGAGAAUUCUCGAAAGACUAGCACGAUAUCAGAUUAUACAUCGAGUGAAUGUACACCAGAAAAUACGAUAUUAACACCACGGCAAGAUAGCGAAUAUCAUUCACUUCCAAUGGAGGGUAGUCAGCAGGUUAGGCAGUCACCAGCUCGUAAGUUAUCUCGUUUUUUGGUGAGUCCUACUGUUAUAGAAACUGCUAAUAAAGAGUUGAUUGUUCAAGAAGACGUCACGCCACAAAUGGCUGCGUCAUCUCAGCAACAUCAACUUCAACAUCAAGUGUCUAUAAAUGGACCCCAACAGCUGCAACAGCAACAACAAUAUCAAUCAAAUGAUGGAGAAUCGAUGAAUAUUAAUGAGGAAUCAUAUCAAAGAAUUGAAAUUCCACAACAAGUGGAAGCCGAGUUAGUGCCACAACAUUCAGUUGGCUUUAAAAUGCCUGAAACACUCGAACAGCUUAAGAUUGAACUUGAGAAUAUAACACAUGCUCAUGUUACAACAAAACAGAAAGAAGCACUGUCAAAUCAGCAAAUGAAUAUGCAACCUAUUCCAAAUUCAGAAGUUAAUGAUGUUCAUGAUGAUAAUAUAACGGAUAAUACUAUUUCUGAAGCACAAAUUGAGAAUAGUACGGAACAUACAUCGACUGAUUUAAUUACAAAUACUGGCGAUAACACGUCUGUCUAUAAUUCACGCAGAACAUCGGCAGACAUGAUGACAAAUCCAACGGAUGUGACGAGUACAGCUUCGGGUGUCAUGGAAUACGAUGAGAAUCUAGUCAGUGAGGCAACAGAUGAUAUUAAUGUGAAAUCAAGUAAUCAACCGCAAAAUGAGAGUCAUUCUGGUCAGAAUUCAAUAGCUGAAUUACAACAAAAACUAUCACAAUUAACCACACAACAGCCAAGUCAAGGAGCAACGCAAGAAGUAGUCAAUCAUCCACACCAAGUACAUGAAGGAAUUCAUCUUGAUCUUCAGAAACAAUUGUUGAGUGGAAUUAAUUCUCCAGCUGCCGUGUCUAGUCCAUCAAUUGAGAUGAAAAAUGAACCUUAUUUUCCUCCUGUUCAACAACAGCAACAAAUGCCAGCUCAACAGUCAGUGACUAAUAUCCAGACACCGUCAAUUCAGUAUCAACAGCAAGUUCAAACUGAGACUGUUAAAGUUACACCAAAAAUUAGCCAAUUAUCUGAAUUAGAACAACAAUUGUCUAAGCUUCAUCAAAGGCCAGUCACGCAGACACAAAAUAUUCCUCAGCAGCAAAUUAAUGUCCAGCAAAAUAUUCCUCAACAAAUAUCUGUUCCACAACAGCAACAAAUGAUUCCUUCUCAAAUUCAAAUGCAAAAUCAGCAGCAACAAAAUUUUAAUACAUACUCAGAGGCUGUACGUCAAUCUCCAACGACUGUUCAACAAUUUUCUCAGCAAUCGAUUCCUCCACCUCAGCAAAUGCAGUCUAUGUCUACUCAAACUAUGCCAACUUCUGCUCCAAUUCCAAUCCAAACUUCGUCUGUUCAAAAUAAUCAGCAGAUUCCACAAACUCCACCAAUUGGAAGUGCUCCAACAAGAGUGUCUCGUUUCUCAGUGUCUAAAGUUGAAGAACAAAAACUGGCACAACAACAAUCUCAACAAGCACAGAUUAUUCAAAAUCAGAAUCAACAAAUCCAGCAGAAUCAACAGAUUCAACAAAAUCAGAAUUCACAGAUCCAGCAGAAUCAAAAUCAACAAAAUCAGAAUUCACAGAUCCAGCAGAAUCAAAAUCAACAGAUUCACCAGCCACAAAUCGUUCCUCAAAUGCAACAACAACAGAUGAUGCAAAGACCUGUUUUAAGUCCAGAAAAUGACAUGAACAUGAAUCAUCAAAUGCAUCAGCAUCAAAUGCAGCAACAGCAGCAACAAAUGCAAUAUAAUCAAAAUCAAUCGAUGGUCCAGAAUAACAACAAUAAUAAUAUGGGCCAGAAUGUGAUGUCACCGAUUGUGGCACCCCAACAAUUGACUCAGGCUCAAGCAUUUUUCCAACAGCAUCAAGGAGGCGUGGAACUUGAAAAUCAUCAUUUGGAUACUGGACGGAAUAUGUUAAAGACGAUGCAAUUAAAGCCACAAGUUCGUCAACAAUUGACACUUUUAUUACAACGACAAAAUAUUGAGGAACAGGAGCUGAGGUUGCGUCAUUGGAUGGAGAUGGAGAAAUUUUAUAAAGGUUUAGAUGACGAUAGCACCCAACAAGUAAAUCAGCAACAACAGCAACAACAACAACAACAACAACAACAGCAAAAUCAGCAGCAGCAACAAAAUCAACAGCAGCAGCAGCAUCAACAUCAACAAUAAGAAGACAGAUAUCUCAUUUUAAUCCCCCCCAUAUUAUUAUUAUUCAUAUUAUGAAAAUUAUAUUUUCUUUAUAACAAUGAAAAAAAAAAAAACUAGAAUGUUAAUAAUUAUUAGAAAGGGUUCGCCAUGCCUCGGAUAUAUGAUUGAUAUUUUUGAGAUAAACUUGCUUAUAUUAAGAACAAAAUUUUAAAAAAAUGUGAAAAAGUCAUGAAAAAAUUUUUAAAGAAAGAUCUUUUUUUCUCCUUCCUCGGCUUUUAUGCUUAACGUUCGGCUGUAAACUAAAAGAAUUUAUCCAAAAAAAUGAACUUUUAUUUCCUUUUAUUUUAUAUUAAGAAGUAAUUCCUUGUAAAUCUAUUUAGUAACUAUUGAAAAUAAAAUGUUUUUGUGAAAUCAA